UCCGCCCUCUGCUCCCGCGCCGCCAGCAUGACCGAUGCGCUGUUGCCCGCGGCCCCCCAGCCGCUGGAGAAGGAGAACGACGGCUACUUUCGGAAGGGCUGUAAUCCCCUUGCACAAACCGGCCGGAGUAAAUUGCAGAACCAAAGAGCUGCUUUGAAUCAGCAGAUCCUGAAAGCCGUGCGGAUGAGGACCGGAGCGGAAAACCUUCUGAAAGUGGCCACGAACCCAAAGGUGCGGGAACAAGUGCGGCUGGAGCUAAGCUUCGUCAACUCAGACCUGCAGAUGCUCAAGGAAGAGCUGGAGGGGCUGAACAUCUCGGUGGGCGUCUAUCAGAACACAGAGGAGGCAUUUACGAUUCCCCUGAUUCCUCUUGGCCUGAAGGAAACGAAAGACGUCGACUUUUCAGUUGUCCUCAAGGAUUUUAUCCUGGAACAUUACAGUGAAGAUGGCUAUUUAUAUGAAGAUGAAAUUGCAGAUCUUAUGGAUCUGAGACAAGCUUGUCGGACGCCCAGCCGGGAUGAGGCCGGGGUGGAACUGCUGAUGACAUACUUCAUCCAGCUGGGUUUUGUCGAGAGUCGAUUCUUUCCACCCACGCGGCAGAUGGGACUCCUGUUCACCUGGUAUGACUCCCUCACUGGGGUUCCGGUCAGCCAGCAGAACCUGCUGCUGGAGAAGGCCAGUGUCCUGUUCAACACUGGGGCCCUCUACACCCAGAUCGGGACCCGGUGUGAUCGGCAGACGCAGGCUGGGCUGGAGAAUGCCAUAGACGCCUUUCAGAGAGCCGCAGGGGUUUUAAACUACCUGAAAGAGACAUUUACCCAUACUCCAAGUUACGACAUGAGCCCUGCCAUGCUCAGCGUGCUCGUCAAAAUGAUGCUUGCCCAAGCCCAAGAAAGCGUGUUUGAGAAAAUCAGCCUUCCCGGGAUCCGAAAUGAAUUCUUCAUGCUGGUGAAGGUGGCUCAGGAGGCUGCCAAGGUGGGAGAGGUCUACCAGCAGCUGCACGCAGCCAUGAGCCAGGUGCCGGUGAAAGAGAACAUCCCCUACUCCUGGGCCAGCUUGGCUUGCGUGAAGGGCCACCACUACGCAGCCCUGGCCCACUACUUCACUGCCAUCCUCCUCAUCGACCACCAGGUGAAGCCAGGCACGGAUCUGGACCACCAGGAGAAGUGCCUGUCCCAGCUCUACGACCGCAUGCCAGAGGGGCUGACACCCUUGGCCACACUGAAGAACGAUCAGCAGCGCCGACAGCUGGGGAAGUCCCACCUGCGCAGAGCCAUGACUCAUCACGAGGAGUCGGUGAGGGAGGCCAGCCUGUGCAAGAAGCUGCGGAGCAUUGAGGUGCUACAGAAGGUGCUGUGUGCGGCACAGGAACGCUCCCGGCUCACGUACGCCCAGCACCAGGAGGACGAUGACCUGCUGAACCUGAUCGACGCCCCCAGUGUUGUUGCUAAAACUGAGCAAGAGGUUGACAUCAUAUUGCCCCAGUUCUCCAAGCUGACAGUCACAGACUUCUUCCAGAAGCUGGGCCCCUUAUCUGUGUUUUCGGCUAACAAGCGGUGGACGCCUCCUCGAAGCAUCCGCUUCACUGCAGAAGAAGGGGACUUAGGGUUCACCUUGAGAGGGAACGCCCCCGUUCAGGUUCACUUCCUGGAUCCUUACUGCUCUGCCUCGGUGGCAGGAGCCCGGGAAGGAGAUUAUAUUGUCUCCAUUCAACUUGUGGAUUGUAAGUGGCUGACUGUGAGUGAGGUCAUGAAGCUGCUGAAGAGCUUUGGCGAGGACGAGAUCGAGAUGAAAGUCGUGAGCCUCCUGGACUCCACGUCGUCCAUGCAUAAUAAGAGUGCCACAUAUUCCGUGGGAAUGCAGAAAACGUACUCCAUGAUCUGCUUAGCCAUUGAUGAUGACGACAAAACUGAUAAAACCAAGAAAAUCUCCAAGAAGCUUUCCUUCCUGAGCUGGGGCACCAACAAGAACAGACAGAAGUCAGCCAGCACCUUGUGCCUCCCGUCGGUCGGGGUUGCACGGCCUCAGGUCAAGAAGAAGCUGCCCUCCCCUUUCAGCCUUCUCAACUCAGACAGUUCUUUGUACUAAUGUGAGGAAACAAACACGUUCAGGCCCUGAACGUUUCCAGUGCUGACUCGGCCUUAAAUGUUUGUGCCAUGAUGGAAAAUAUCUAUCUAUUCUCAAAUCCUGUUUUUCUCAUAGUAUAAACUCACAUUUGAUGUGUUUUUAUGAAGGAAAGUAACCAAGAAACCUCUAGAAAUUAGUGAAAAAAGAACUUUUUUGAGGCGUGUCACUAUACUGCUGUAAGUUAUUUAUUAUAUAAAGUAUUGUAAAUAGAAUAGUGUUGAAGAUAUGACAUACAGCUAUUUUUAAUGGUGACUUCCAGUCACUAUUAAAUUGGGGUUACCU